CGAUUUGGUGGUAACAGAGGACACCGUCAGAGGACACUUAGUGCGGACAUAGCAUUUCGCAUUUCAUAACUCAUCGACAUACGUCCGCUUUCGAGAUUUGUCGUUAGGCGUGGUUGUGUCUUCAGCAAAAAGGACAAAGAUAAUACGUAAAUCGUAGUGCUUGACAUACUUAAAAAGUCAUAAAAUGACAGUUACGCCAUUGCUGAAAAUUUGAAUAAAUAAAAACAUUGUAAAUGUGACGAUUUGUGUGAAUGUUUUCGUUUUGAAUAUCUAUUAAAUCGUUUUAUAUGUAAUCAUUUAUAAAAUGCCUGCAUCUAUCGGUGUUAACCUGCGAGUGACAGGACAUUGUCGCCAAGGUGGUAGAAAAUACAUGGAGGAUUUCUUUUCAGUUGCAUAUCAACAAACAGAGGAUGAGAAGGAUCUGGAAUAUGCAUUUUUCGGUAUAUAUGAUGGCCAUGGAGGAGCUGAAGCCGCAGCAUUCGCCAAGGAACAUCUUAUGGAAACGAUAAUCAAACAUAAAAACUUCUGGUCAGAUGAUGAUGAGGAUGUAUUGAGAGCCAUAAAAGAUGGGUAUAUAGCGACCCAUUAUGCUAUGUGGCGAGAACAAGAAAAAUGGCCAAGGACUGCAUCAGGUUUGCCCAGUACAGCUGGUACAACUGCUAGUAUAGCUUUUAUUAGAAGAGGAAAAAUAUACAUAGGACAUGUAGGAGAUUCUGGAAUAAUUUUAGGGUACCAGGAACCUGGAUGUUCGGAAUGGAAGGCGAAGCCUUUAACUAGGGAUCACAAACCAGAAAAUUUAGAUGAGAUGAGUCGUAUCAAAAGUUGUGGAGGAAAGGUGGUUUCAAAAUCUGGUGUACCACGUGUGGUAUGGAAUAGGCCAAAAAUUGGCCAUCAGGGACCAGUGAGAAGGUCUACUCCCAUUGAUGAAAUUCCAUUUUUGGCUGUAGCCAGAAGUUUGGGAGAUCUUUGGUCUUACAAUUACCAGAGCAAUAGGUUUAUUGUUUCCCCAGAUCCAGAUUGUUCUGUCAUCAAGAUUGACACAAACACACAUCGCUGUCUAGUAUUUGGUACUGAUGGACUGUACAAUAUGUUGAAUCCAUCUAUGGCAGUUCACAUAGUUCAGCAAGUGGAAAGACACAAUGAAAACGCUGCUUUGAGUGAUUCUACGUACAAAACCUGGCUGAAUCCAAGUAAACUGUUGGUAGAAAAGGCUCUAGAAAGGUGGCAUUUGACAAAAAUGAGAGCAGACAAUACGUCAGUUGUGACAUUAAUGUUGGAUCCUCCUGGUCCACCAAGAGCACAAGUUUUGAAAGAUCGUAAGAAGAAUUUACCAGAGAGAGGCUUGAAAAUAAUGACCCGUUUUGAUGGCGGCUCAACUCAGGAAUCAUCAUGUAGCAGCAACUGUGAUAGCUCCCCCAUCGAUAAUCAUCCUUUAGAAGAUGUCGCCUCCUCAAAUACAAUUCUCGAAUCCGUACCAGAUCCGACACCUAUCCUUCACCAGCUUCAACAUCCAUCUAAUCCACUCCCACAACACAACAAAGACGAGUGCCUACCAGUAACCUCAUUGCCUAUCGAAUCUACUUCCGUUUCGUCAAGUGACCUUACCUCAACAAUGACCAAUUUCCCUUUGAAAGAAAGAAAUUUUUUACCGAAGCCGCGCGAGAGUACCAGUUUCGAUCCCAGAGAACCUUGGGUAUCAGACAGCGGCAAAGAAAACUGCAAGUCACAAGCGCAAGACAAAGAAGACAAUACGAUACAAUGUAACGAAGUAUCGUCCAGCAACUUGGAGGUAGAUAGUACCUGUUUGGAGGAUGAGGAAGAAGACAACUUUCAACGAAACGGAAAGCAUAAUUUGAGAAGUGGUAAAAAGACCAAGGGCGAAACGGCCUCGAGUGGUACCAAAGUAAAGCAUAAUGGAGAAGGAGAAUCUAAAAGCACGGGGGUUAAAAGAAAACUGGAAAUUGAUCUAAACUCACAGAAUCAACCAAGAAAGAGUUUGAGAAUAGACAACAAUCAAAAGAGAGUAGAAGAAAACACAGGAAAAGAAAGAAAAGCUUAUGAGGCUGAAGAAAAGCUCAAGAAGUUGGCAGAAAUGGCUGACUUGGCAAAAAGAAAAGCUACAACGUCGUCAUUACCGAGUCCAGCUCAAAUCUUAAAGGCCAAAAACGUCGAAAUGAAGAAGAAGAGCGGUGUUUUGAACAAACCUAUUGCCAAAAGAAAUAUUAAAUUGGUUUUUGAAAAAGUGAAGAAAGUACAAACACUCUCUAAGGCCAGUUCAAUCAAAGGGCAAAAGUUACAGAGUGCUGCAAAAACUCCUCUAAAGAUAGUAGCUAAGAAAGCAACCUUCCAGAGGCAUUCAAAGAAGAACUCCUCGCAACGCCAAAGAAAUGUCACGGUGACAGUAGGUAAUGUCACCGAUAAACAAAGUAUAAUCAAAGUGAAACCAAACUUGAAAGAAAAUAUCAAUAUAAAGGCUAAAAGUUUAUUGGCGGGAAAGAAGGAAUCUCCCGCGAAGGUUGUGAAAAGCGCCAGUAGUAACAUAGCAGAAGCUUCAAAGAUUAGUUUGAGGAAUAGUGGUAUGCUCAAUUUAUUAGGUACUUCUAGUAGAUCGACCAAAAACUCAUGUCCAGCCAAAACGCCACAUCAAAAAUUCGAAUCCAAGUUUAAUACCAAAACUCUUAAAAAGAAAAUCCAGCAGAAAACAGAAAGUAUAAAAAGAAACGUGAUGCGAAAGAAGUAGAUAUAAAAAUGUUUAUCAUUAUUUUAAGUCUAGUUUAAAAACAUAAUUUCUUUAUAUAUUUUUAACAGUAAUAUACAAAAUGGGGUUUA